AUGGCUUUUCAAAUGCUAAAAACUGAGAAAGGGAAAGAUAGUAUUUGCUACGAUGGCUACAUUUUUUUAAAAGAAAAAGAAAAUGAUACGAAAUCCAUAUGGAAAUGUAAUCAGUAUUAUAAAAAUAAAUGUCGCGGACGACUUCACCAAAGCGAAGGGAAAAUAUUAAAAAACACUGACCAUAAUCACGUUCCAAGUUCAUCAGACAUUCAGGUAAAAAAAACACUUGAUAAUCUAAAAGAUAUAGCCAGUAAUAAUAGUGAUAUGAGUACACAAUCGGUAAUAGGUUCAGCACUUAUUCAAAUCCCUACUGAAUCGUCUGGGCAGUUACCUAAUAUAAAUAGACUUAAACGUACUAUUCAACGUGUACGUAAGCAAAAAUUACAGUUGCCCAAUGACCCGACCAACUUAAACUUUAUCAUACCUGAUGAAAUGACAAAAACCAUAGAUGGAAAUCUUUUUUUACAAUAUGAUAGUGGUAUUAAUACUGAACGAAUUUUAAUUUUUUCAACAACACGUUUAUUGUAUCUUAUGACACAAUGCGACAAUUGGUUUUGUGGAUGGCACAUUUUCUAG